AUGGAAAUAGAAGAAUCGAGGAGUAAUUCUAGUGAUGAACAGAAAAAAAUAGAGGAAGGUGGUGAUGCCAAAGGAGAAAAUGAUAAAAUUGGCAUCAACAAAGCAGAAGAUCCAGAUUCUGUUGUUUUAGAAAAUUUACGAGAAUGGUGCUUGCAGUUGGAGAAAGGUGAAUUGCACGUACUUUCACGAAUGAUUCAGCUCUUGCAUAAAACUCGAAAACAAAUAAAUGGGAAUGUGCUUUCAAAAUUAAUAACACUACAAUUGUCUUCGAUGCCACUGAUCAAGGAGCAACUGCUAUCAUGGCUUUCUGUCACCCCAGAUGUUUCGGCUCUUGUGCAACCGAUGGAGGUGGAUGUUAGUAAGGGUGGUCGUUCACCCCGACCUUUAAGACGUUCCGGCAUUCAGUCGAGCACUGGAGCACCUCCGGAAGUCGAACUUUAUAUUCAUCUACUUGUUUUGCUCCACCUUGUUGAUCAGAAAAGAAUAGAAGAAGCAGAAAAGUGUGUAGAAGGACUUAUUAUGCGGAUUGAUCACCACGAAAAACGUACGCUAGAUUCUAUUGCUGCGAAAGCUUUUUUCUAUUUGUGUCUUAUUUAUGAAACAAAAAAUAAACUAUAUCAGUUAAGAGCUUACCUAAAUGGUCGUUUGCGGACAGCUACAGUCCGUAAACAGUAUGAUUCACAAGCAGUGUUAAUUGUUUGUCUUUUGCGUGCUUAUUUGCUUGAAAAACAUUAUGAUGCUGCAGCAAUGCUCGUAUCUAAGGUAACAUUUCCUGAAGCUGCAUCAAAUAAUGAUCUGGCACGUUUUCUUUAUUACCAAGGCCGAAUCAAAGCAAUGCAACUAGACUAUACCGCUGCGGCUGGUUAUUUUAUGCAAGCAAUUCGUAAAGCACCGCAAGAUGCUGCUAUUGGUUUCAAACAAAAUGUGCAAAAAUGGAUUGUUGUCAUUAGUUUGUUACAAGGAGAAAUCCCUGAACGAUCCGUGUUCCGUCUGCCAAUUCAUCGAAAAACACUUACUCCUUAUUUAGAACUUACUCAAGCUGUUCGUUUGGGUGAUCUGUUACUGUUUAACAAAGUGUUGAAUAAGCAUGCUAAACAUGUUUUUGAACCUGAUGAAACGCUGACUUUAAUUGUUCGUCUCCGUCAAAAUGUUAUAAAAACAGCGUUGCGUCAAAUUAGCACUGCUUAUUCAUCCAUACUGAUGAAAGAUAUUUGUAAGAAAUUGCUUCUACAUACAGAUCAAGAAGCGGAAUAUUUAGCAAUAAAAGAUGGUGGUAUCGAAGCGACAAUUUCUUUUGACUUGCAUAAUUCAUCCGAGAGAUACAUGCAGUCGAAAGAGACAGAAGAUGUUUAUCGUACCACAGAGCCUCAGUGGCAUUUUGAUACUCGCAUUCGAUACUGUUUGGAGUUGCAUAAUCAAGCAGUAAAAGCUUUGCGUUAUCCCCCGACGGCAGGUAAGGGUGUCGUAGAGUCUAUUGAAGAACAAAGGGAACGUGAGAGACAAGAGUUAGAAUUCGCUAAAGAAAUGGCAGAAGAAGAUGAUGACGAUUUUUGA